ACCCUACCAGCAUGGGCAUGCUGGUAAAGUUGGCUGGUAGGAAGUCUGUAUAUAAAGACUCAGACUAGUUGCUAAACCAUCACAUCAUUGUUGGAUUGUAUGUCUUUGGUUCUAUGGAAGAGGAUGACCCAAGAGAAUUGCAACUGCUACACCUCCCCUCGACCCAUAUUCUUUCUGAAGCACCCAUGUCCUUGGUGGGAAAUGAUCCAUCUGAUCAUCCUUUGCUCGACCUUAAUCUGUCGAUGAGUGUUGGAACACAGCGAUCAUAUUUCGAGGAGUCCAACAGCUUUGCAAAAAAUCUGCAAUUACUGAAGCAACAAACCGCAGAGCAGAUCCAACUUACUGCUGUAGAGAAGGCUUACGCUGAGAGAAUAAGGGAACUGACAAGGAAGGAGAUAGACUCAGCAAAGAAAGAGUUUGCACAAGCUAGGCUGGUCUGGGAGCAAGCCAGAGAGGAGGUGGACAAAGUGGAGAGGAUGAAGGAGAUAGCCACCAGAAAUAUGAACCCUUCCUGCUUGGAGUUCACCUGCCACAGUUGUCAUCAACGGUUCCGACCAUAGCAGAACUCAGUUACCAUAUCAGGUCCAGGCUCUUUACGCAUAUGUGGGUCAUCAUCAUUAAGUGAUUUUUUUUCACAAUUUAAUGCUUCCAUGUUGAGAUUCAAUCCAAAAAUCAAGCAUCCAUGCCUUUGUUGUAUCAUUUAUCCUAGCAAAAUGUCUUUGACCAUAUCGGUAACACAGCCACUUAAGCUAAAUGUGAAAUAGGAACAUCACUAUGAUCACUGAAAGGAAGAUGUUCUAAUUGCAAAAUUGUGGACGUUUCUAGUUG